AUGACUUUCGAAGCACCACUCGCGCUACCUCCGGCCACCGACCAGGCCACCUUCAAGCGCUUUUUAACCAGAGUAGCCGAGGUAGUUGGCCGUGAGAACAUCCAAGUUGUCACCAGCAAAGACGAACUAGAGGAUGGCUCUUACCACAACCAACCCUAUACCCAUGAUCCACACCACAUCCUCGACCAGGAUCACUUUAUCGCAUCGGCCGUUGUCUGCCCCCGAUCCGUGCCUGAGGUGCAAGAUCUGGUAAAGCUCGCCAAUGAGUUCAACAUCCCGAUCUGGCCAGUAUCGAUCGGACGCAAUUCCGGAUAUGGCGGUGCGGCACCAAGACUCCGUGGUAGCAUUGUUGUGGAUUUGGGGAAACAUAUUCGCCGCAUUUUGGAGGUCAACGUUGAGGGAGCUUACGCCGUCGUUGAGCCCGGAGUGACUUUUGCGGAUCUUCAUCAGUACUUGGUGGAGCAUAACUUGAAGGAUAAGUUGUGGAUUGAUGUCCCUGAUUUGGGCGGCGGAUCCGUAUUGGGGAAUGCGAUGGAGAGAGGUGUCGGUUACACUCCAUACGGAGAUCACUGGAUGAUGCAUUGUGGCAUGGAAGUUGUCCUACCGAACGGCGAAUUGAUGCGCACUGGAAUGGGCGCAAUGCCAGAGCCUCGGAAGGCCGGCACUGUACCUGGUCGUUUGGAUGAAGAGCCUGGCAACAAAUGCUGGCAGCUAUUUCCGUAUGGCUUUGGUCCGUAUAACGAUGGCAUCUUUUCGCAAAGCAAUCUCGGAAUCGCUACGAAGAUGGGAAUUUGGCUCAUGCCAAAUCCUGGGGGAUAUCAAUCAUACUUGAUCACAGUCCCGAAAGAGGAGGAUCUCCGCAAAGCCGUCGACAUCAUCAGACCUCUCAGAUUGCAAAUGGUACUCCAGAACGUUCCCACUAUCCGACAUAUCUUGUUAGAUGCAGCUGUGCUGGGAUCAAAGGCAAGCUACACCUCAACACAAGGGCCUCUUGGCGACGAGGAGCUAGAUGCCAUCGCCAAGAAGUUGAACCUGGGACGUUGGAACUUCUAUGGAGCCCUCUACGGACCGGAGCCCACCAGGACUGCAUUGUGGGGCGUCAUCAAGCAGGCCUUCUCAUCAAUUGAAGGAGUCAAGUUCUUUUUCCCUGAAGACAUCAAAGAGAACUGUGUGCUUCAUACCAGACACAAGACCCUCCAAGGAAUCCCAACAUUCGACGAACUUAAAUGGAUUGACUGGAUUCCAAAUGGUGCCCAUCUAUUCUUCUCGCCCAUUAGCAAGGUUUCUGGCGAAGAUGCCAUGUUGCAAUAUUCUGUCACAAAGAAGAGAGUCAUCGAAUCAGGCCUCGAUUUCAUUGGCACGUUCACAGUGGGAAUGCGAGAAAUGCACCAUAUUGUCUGUAUUGUCUUUAACCGUAAGGACGAAGACGCAAAGCGCAGGGCGCAUAGCCUGAUCAAGAUUCUGAUCGCUGAUUGUGCCGCUCAUGGUUGGGGAGAAUACCGGACUCAUCUCGCACUGAUGGAUCAAAUUGCAGGGACCUAUAACUGGAACAACAACAUUCUGAUGAGGUUCAACGAGACCAUAAAGAAUGCUUUGGACCCCAAGGGUAUUCUCGCUCCCGGAAAGAAUGGUAUCUGGCCGACCAAUUACGCCCGAACUACUCACAAGCUGUAA